AUGGCUAUCCCUACACAGGAGGCAUCAGGUUUCCUCUCUCAACUCAACAAGGUCGAGGCUAAAAUCAAAAAUCAACUAGACAAGAUGAAUGUAGCUAGGGUUGGUGAGCACAAGGUUGAGGUCGCUGCUAAAGCUGUCGAGGAGAAGGCUAUAGAGGUCGAAAAGAAGUUAGCUGAAGCCUUGGCCAUAGAGGAACAAGAGAUCAAGGCCGCUGAUGAAAAGGCCUACGAGGAAGGCAAGGCCGACAUCCAAGACCAAUACAAGAAGCAAAUCAACCUGGCCUACAACAAAGGAUACUAUCUCAUUUGGGUUGCUGCUUUAAAGAAGUUGUCAGUCCCCGACAACUCACCUCUUCGGGAUCUCGACCAACUUGACGUGUCUUUCCCUCAUUCUCCCAUCCAAUUAAAAGAGGAAGUGGAAGAAGAAGAAGAGAAUGAGAAAGAAGAAGAAGAGAACAAGGGAGAAGACAAAGAAGAGGCUGUUGGGGCUAAAUCCCCUGCUCUGAACAAUCAAGUUCUAGAUCUAACUGAGGAUAACGACGAUGAGGUUUCCAAAACCAGUUCUUCCACCAAAAAGGGUGACUCCUCUACAACCGACAAGAUCAUUGAGGAAACCUUGAAGGAGAUUGACGAGGAGAUAACAGUUGAGAUUGAGGCCGAGAAGACUGCCACGCAUUCUGAUGUUCUAGCCCGCGAUCCAAAAUCCAACACUUAG